ACGGGCUCGGACCCGCUCCGCUCUGCGCGGGGCCGCCGAGUCAUUGUCGGUGCGGUGCCGGUCCGGGUCCGCACCGUCCCUCCUGGUCCCGCCGGUCCCGGUCCAGGUGCUCUGCCGGUCGCGGUGCUGCCAGCACCGGCACACAGCUCCCCUCUCCUCUUCAGCACAAUGGCCUGCCAAGAGAGUGAGUACCUGGAUGACCAGAAGAAAUGUGUCCCCUGCAGAAAGUGCAUGCCUGGGCAGGAGCUUUCCAAGGACUGCGGUGACGGCAGCGGCGGGGACGCGCAGUGCGUGGCCUGCCCUCCCAGGAAGUUCAAGGACCGCUGGGGACACCACGGCUGCAAGCCCUGCCUGUCCUGUGCCCUCAUCAAUCGCCUGCAGAAGUCCAACUGCACAGCCACAGCCGAUGCAGUCUGCGGGGAGUGCCUGCCGGGGUUUUACCGGAAGGCUCGGAUCAGCGGGCAGCUGGAGUGGGAGUGCAUUCCCUGCACCAAGCAGACUCCAUCCUCUGAGCCACAGUGUCGGUCCAGAACGAGCCUGGUGAAGGUUGCUGUCCCUACUGUACCACCACAGGACACAGCCCUUCUUGCACUGACCAGCAGUGCCCUGGUCAUCAUCGUCCUGGUGCUUCUGGCACUUUCCAUCAUCUACUGCAAGCGAUUCUGGAAAAGCCAGUGCCAGAGAGUCUUCCUGAGGACUCAGAACUUCUCGGGCCAGCGAGCAACGUUCCCAACUGCAGCAGCACCCGGCAGGUUCCUGUGUGAGGAGCAGAUGUCUGGACCCUGCUGCCUGGGUGUGAAGAAUUUGAGCCCUUGCUACAGGCAGGCAGAAGGCCCCGUGGAAGCGGUGCAGUUCAUUUCAGAUGGGGAAGCCGUGGGUCUCCAGCUCCCCUCUCUCCAGCCAGAGAUGGACUUGCCACCAGCUAUUGCAGUCAGCACUGCCUCCAAGGCCCAGCUGGGCAGGAGCCUCCUGGAAAGCCAGCCCCUCAUCCGAGCCUCAGGCCACAGUGACUGCCUGGACGGGGUCCUGCCUCCCCCCACCCCCAGGCAGGGCCGGCCGGGCACGGUGGAGGCCCUGGCCCCCCUCUCCUCCUGUGCCUCCGAGAUGCAGCACAAGUGGCCACAUGCACCUGUGGAGUGCACUGAGCUGGACCUGCAGAAGUUCUCCAGCCAGGCUGAGUUUGUGGGUGGUGAGCGGCUGGAGGAUGCAGCAAGCCGGGCCAUGAAGAGGAUUCCAGCAGAGAGCACUGGGCUGGUGCAGGAGGGGGCUCAUCACUUGCCCACGGCCGAAAUCCCACCUGGGGAGCAGCCGGUGGAUGAUGCCCUGAGCCUCGUGACUCAGAUCAGCAGCACGGCCAAAGGUCUCCCAAUAGCAGAGCUGCCCCAUUCCUUGGUGCAGUCACUCGCCUUCUUGUUGGACCCUUCCUUGAACGGUGUGAAGAACUUCAGCCACGUGGCCCUGGAGCUGGGGCUCAUGCCCCAGGUGCUGGGCCGGAUUUCGGGCUUUGAGCAGCUGGUGGCACACUUCAGGCACGCGGGAGGCGCGGUCACCGUCCCGCUGCUGGCGCAGGCGCUGCAGCGGCUCCAGCGCUUCGACGCCCUGCUCCUGCUCUGCGACCACUUCACAGCCAGCCCCGCGCCCGACCGCCAGCGCUAGGGGACAGGGAGGCACGCAGGGAGCUCCAUGCACUGCUGCUCGUGUGAGAGAGGAUCCUGCAGCGGCAGCCACGUAACCUCCCUGGUGUGCAUGGCAGGAGGACAUAGAGAUGGAAUGGAAGGACACAAUGGGGUGUCUCUGCACUGGGGUUCCAGGAAGCACAGCUUUUCCCUGCUCCAGAGGCUGUGGCAGCUUGCCUGUCAGUCUCUGUGCUGCCCAUGCUGUGGUGCUCUGGCUCUGCAGUGCUCUCCUGCCCUGCUGUUGCCAUGAGGCUUGCUGACCAUGGGCAGUGCCCUCCUAUGAGCCCAGCCAUCUCCUCCCUUCCAUUCCAGCUUUCCCUUCCUUCCUCUGGCCCAUGCUCUGCUUUCCCAGGUGCCAGUUGCCACUUCCUCAGUUUACUUUUCAGUUGUUUCUCUCCCUCUGCGCUGCGAUUUCCUUGGCAGAGGACCUGACCAUGGCUGAUGUGCCAAGCUCCAGCCUUUUCCCUCCUGUGCCACCCUGGCACUUUCCUCUCAUGUCCAUUUGUGUCUCCUGCAUGAAUUUCAGACUGAUUCCUAGAAUGAGCUGAUAUAAGUCCUCGUUGGGCUGUGGCUGUUGGCCAUGGGCAGGUGCUGGCUCACCCCAGCCCUGUGGCUGUUCACUGCCCAUUGCCUCCAAGGCUUCUCAAACCACUGUGGUGGCACAGGGUGUCAGGGGCAGGGACACUGCACCACGGGUGGCAGCUGAGGGCUGAAGCUGUGACUGUGGUCACAGGCAGCAGUGAUGUUGCUGUGCCAGCCACAGCAGAAGCUCCUCCUCUUAAAAUAAUAUUUUUAUUAUUUUCCUGCCUAAAAAUGGCCUGAUUUCUCAUUCCUGGGAGUUGCUACUGGGAAAGGGGAGCACCCUUCUGCUUGGUAUUUCAUCCUGGGGGAUUUGUCAUAACUUGCCGCGGUCUUGCUGUCACCGUUCUCCCUGCUCUCAGUGCUGUGCCUGAGCCGGGGGGCUGCAGACAGCUGGGCUGUUCUGGGCCUGCCCUGGCCACUGGGGCUGUGCUGGUGGCCCUGGCUGGGAGCGGGGGCUGCAGGGACACGUUCCUGAGCGGGGCACAGCGGCGCGGGGGCGGCCAGGCACGCGGGGCCGGAGCAGCUGCGGCCGUGGCUCGGCGCCCGACAGCGCUGACAGAGCUCCGUGCUGCUGUGAGCACAGGGCUGGGGUCCCUCCUCUGUGGGCCAUUCCAACUCAGGAUAUUAUGUGAUAAGUGUCGCCCUAGCUGUGCCCAGGCUCCCAGGCAGCAUCACGGGCUGAGCUGGUGCUGCUGGCUCUGCCUCUGCUGCUUUGUCCCUCGCUGCCGAGUGCUCUAUGCUGUCCUGCCUGUCACCGGGGUCUCAGGCCAAGCCGUGGUGUGGUGGUCACCAGCAAGUGGCACUGUUACCCCACUGGCUGCUGCCCCCACCCUCGGCUGAGCCCACAGAAUUCUCCUUUAUCUGAGCACAGUACCUGAAAGGAGCGGAUGCCCUUCUAGGAAGGCAGAUCUCCCACACCCAGGGUAGAAAUAGCUGCUGGUGUUUCCCUGUUUAAAGAUGUUGGGGCUUGAAAGCACCUAGGAUGUGCUCAGAUAAGUGAAGGCAUGGACAGUUCAGCUGGACCUGAUGCUUUUCCCUCACUGCUUGUUUCUUCAGUCAAGAUUGUUUUAUUGCUCUUUGCUCCCCAAGACCCACAGCGUUGAACCUUGUGCCGUGUGGGCCAGGAUUAGUCAGACUCUGCUAGGGAGAAGCUGGGAGUGUUGCUAUAGCACACACAGCCUGGGGCCAGGGAUUUCCUGUUUGAGGCUUUUCUGUGGCAGGGAGACUGCUGGGUUUAAUCACCUCACAAAAUCCAAUAAAUAUUUAAUCCCUCUGUGGACAUAGUCACUUCCAGUGGGAAGGAAAAUAACUUCACCCACUACAUGUGAGUAAGAGCCUCCCUGCAGCUCAGUUUGCUGGCUCUGGCUCUGAAGUUUGAACUGGACUGGACAGCUUGUCCUGUGUGUUCCUGUGUCACCAGUGUGUGGUCACUUGGAGUGUGCAGAGCAGUGGCAGGAUGGCAGAGGCAGCCCACUCCUGUCACUGGGAAGUGUCAGGAGCAGGAGAUGGGCAGGAAGGGCUGUUAAAUUAGUGCUGUGGAUAACAGGGACAUGUCACUGGUGUGUGCUGCAAAUUUCUUCACGUGCUGGGCAGCUCCACUGGUGUGCCAUGGUGGGGCUCUGGGCCAAGCAAAUGGAGGGAGGCUUUAGUUCAUUUGUUUGGGGUUUUCACUCACUUUUAUAAAGAAAUCAACCCCUUUUCCUUCAUAGCUUUUAAGGUGAAGUUAUUUUUCAGUUGUUUGAUGUCUGAGCUAUAUUACAGCCAAAACUGAACCCCUGCCUUGAGGGUGCAGCACACUGGGUGUGCUGUGCUGUGUAUGGCUGUGGGCUGUGCCAUACAGGGUGGGCAGGGUGGUGUGUGCCAUGCCACAGCUCCUGCCCCACUGGUGCUGCCCCUCGGGCCCUGGCUGUGCCACAGGGUGUGCUGCCUCAGCACUGGUUGGCAGGACUGGUUUUACUUGUGUUUGAACUGUUCUGGCUUCUCCUGCAGAGCCUCACACGUGGUGUCAGUGCAGGUCACAGUGGCUGGUGCUCCAGCAGGGCUGGACUCUGCACAAGAGCGUUGCAGGACUUGGAUUUUCAGCAGUGAGGCUCCCCCAGCUCCCAGCCAAGAGCUGCUCCCCACUCUCACUGUGCUCCUGGCAGGCACCUGCCUUCAGCUGUGGUGACAACCAGCUGUGUUUACAAGGGCCAAAAGUUCAACAGGUAGCCUUUAGCCCACCCUAAGACCCUUUGGCCAGCCAGAGCCCUCAGGGAACCACGAGAGCCUUGAAAACAGGGAUAAUGCUGUGACUUGGACAUGAGAACAACGGUGAUCCCUGAGCAGGGAACUGCUUCAGCGGGGAACCAAUGGACUUGAUACUUGACUUCUGUUUUUUAAUAGUGUUUUCAACAUAAUACAUGGAAUGUAAGGUAGGGAAAUUCCUGCAGUGCUGGAUCUCACGUCACAGCCUUGGGAAGCCACUUGUGCCAAGCUGGCAUAGCUUGCAGAGAAGUGAAAGAAAUCAAAUAACUCUGCAUCUGUGCAAACUUGAGCUAGGGCUGAACAGUGGAAACACUCCAGUGCAAUGAGGUUAUUUUUUUACAAGCGAUUGGUUUCCACACCAGUCUUGCCUGGAAGUCUGAUUUGCAGAGGAAUUUGUAUGAUAAGUUUAAAUCUAGCCCUGUUCUGGGAAGCUCUUAAGCAUAGACUUAAAAUAGGCACAUACUUCACUGUUGUUAGUGUUUAUUCUGGUGAACAAUUGGUGAACAUCCCUCGGGUGCUGUUCCUGAACAGGGAGCUCAGGAGAGCUGUCCCUCCAAUGUACUUUUACAGAAAUAAGCAAUACUGAAGAAAACUUGGUAUUACCAAUCUGGGCACACUUCUUGGAAGAGUCUGCAUGUGUUGAGGGGAGAUAUCCUCUCUGUGUUGGAUUAGUUAAUACUUCAGACUCUGGUGCUUUUAAAAAAAGAUAAUCACUACAUUUCUGUAGCCAUGAUUUACCCAAGGGAAUUCAUGUUGUUUUUUAUGGUAGAUGUUAUUUUUCUUUAAGGUUACGAAUAGGUUAUUUAUAUUUUUGUAAAUUCUGCGCCGUUACCAUUUGUAAUUCUGCUGUAGUGUUGUUUAUGUUGGGUUUGGGGUGUUGUCUGUGUUCAAAUCAAGCAGAAGCUGAAGCUCCUGCCCCCUGUUAAUGGAAGGGGGUUGGUUCCUCACAUUCCUCCAGACCUGGUGCUCUUGAGUGAUGUGUGUUUGUAGCUCAAUAAAUUUUGGAGCCAGACA